AUGAUGUGCCCAUCAAGCCAGCGAAAGGAGGGCAGUAUUUCGACGGAGACUUCAAUGAGCUCUCCAACGGAACGGCCGGCUACGGAUCCCUGGCCAAGAAGAGCACCAGUCAUCACAGUUUGCCUGUCACAGCCACUCAUUCCACACUCAAACACGUCAAAUCCACACCUGUGCGCAAACAACAGUCGACUGUGA